AUGUCACUACUGGCAUUAAUUUAUCUUAUUUACAUGGCAAACGCUAACAACUGUGAAGGUCUUUCUAACGGAUUUUAUUGUAUCGAUAAUAAAAACUAUCUUUGGUGUUAUGGAAGAACAGAAGGAACACCAGGUAAAUGCCUAGGAGAAACUGUUUGUAAAUGUGGCAGAACACAAUAUAACCCUUGUGUGUGGAAUUUCCUUGACCUUCCUGAUUGUGAAAAAAAGCCAGGUGAUUUCUUUGAGAAGUCACCAGAUUCUUCUGAAUCUAAGCAUGAAUCUUCUGAAGUUAAACCAGACUCUUCUGAAUCUAAACAUGAAUCUUCUGAAGUUAAACCAGACUCUUCUGAAUCUAAACAUGAAUCUUCUGAGCCAGAAGUUAGUGUCCCAAAGAAAACAGUUGCUUAUUAUACUAAUUGGGCACAAUAUAGAUUCAAUUCAAUUGAUGGAUGGACUUGUAAAUACACAGCAGAUAAUAUUGAUCCAACGAUUGUGGAUGUAAUCAAUUAUGCUUUUGUUGUUUUUGAUUCAACCUAUACAGUUAAGGAAUAUGAAUGGAAUGAUGACCAAAUGAUACCAAAAAUUGUUGCAAUGAAAUCAAGAAAUCCUAAUCUCAAAGUUCUUGCUUCAAUUGGAGGAUGGAAUUUCAAUUUUUAUGAUUCAACAAAACACCUUUACAGCCAAAUGGCAGAAAAGCAAGCAACUCGUGCUACAUUCAUUAAAAGUGCAAUGAGCUUUGCAAGAAAAUACAAUCUUGAUGGAAUUGAUAUUGAUUGGGAAUAUCCUGCAAAUGAAGACCAAGGAGGAAGGCCUGUAGAUACACAAUCAUUCACAUUAUUAUUAAAAGAAUUCAGAGAGGCUAUAGACAAAGAAGCAGGUAAUGGAAAAUCCAAAUUAUUGUUGACAAUUGCCGCACCUGCUGGUCCAUGGAACAUUAAAAACAUUGAAAUAAGUAAAUUCCAUCAAUACAUAGAUUGGAUUAAUUUAAUGACAUAUGAUCUUCACGGGUCAUGGGAUGAAGUUACAGGAUCUCAUACUGCAUUAUAUGCCACUGAUGGAAUUUCUGUUGAUGACGCUGUUACAGCUUAUUUAAAUGCUGGAGUUCCAUCAACUAAAAUUAUGUUGGGAAUGGCUCAUUAUGGACGGGGUUGGACAUUAAAAUCAAGUUCUGAUCAUGAAAUGGGAUCUGCUGCAACUGGAGCUAGUAAAAGUGGGACUUGUACAGGAGAAAAUGGAUAUUUAUCUAAAUAUGAAAUAGAUGCUUUGAUUCCCCAAGAAAAUAUUAAAUUUGAUUCAAAAUCAAAGACAAUGUAUGGAUAUAAAAAUGACCAAUGGUUCUCUUUUGAUACUAAAGAAACCUUUAAAUAUAAGGCAGAUUAUCUAUGUAAGAAAAAACUUGGAGGUGUUAUGUUCUGGUCAUUAGAUUUAGAUAAAAAUUAUGUUAAUACAAAAUACAUUAAGAGUCAAAUUGAGAAAUGUUAA